AUGGCUGGAGGAUACGGUGAACGUUACUGCGCAAGCGAAGGCAUACCGCGCAUAUAUCACUGCACCAGCUGUGCUAACAUAUCCUUCUCGGAAGAUCAAUUCUCGGAGUAUCAUACUCAGCAAACAGACGGUACAUACACAGGUGAUGAAUCUGACCGGGGUACUGACGAAGAUGUUCAAGAAAGGCACAGUGAUAAGGUAGACGAAGAAUUACAAGAAAAGCGAAACGAUAGGGAUGAUGUGACAUCGACACCACCCACAAAAAAGUCUAAAUCACUUUAUGAAUCACCGUACUCGCCAUCUUUAUCUGAAGUGGAAAUAUUACCUUCGCUAACAACUGACCCUCAUCUUCAACACGAACAGACUCAACAGGCGCAUACACUAUCUAGACAUAAGUAG